UCGCAUAGUAUUGUGGGAAGAUCAGUUUCAUGGUGGACGAGACAAAAUGCCGACUGCACCGACAACACCGGCUGUUUCAAGUCAGGAUCCUCGCCGAUCUAACAAGAUAUUUCGCUACAAACCAUCAGCAAACAAGCCUCUAGAAGAUCCCAUUCCCGACUACAUGAAUCUUUUAGGAAUGGUCUUAAGCAUGUGUGGGUUGAUGAUGAAGCUUAAGUGGGCCGCCUGGGCUGCAGUGUAUUGCUCCUUCAUCAGCUUCGCUAAUGCCAGGUCAUCAGAAGACACCAAACAGAUGUUCAGUAGCUUUUUGUUGUCAGUCUCUGCGGUGGUGAUGUCAUAUCUUCAGAACCCCCAGCCAAUGGCAGCCUCGUGGUAGCACAGGUUCACCAUGGCAACAUCAUGGCAUUCACUGUUUUUAUAAUAGCAUAUUGGUUGGUACGUUGGUACAGUACUUAGUGAACGAAAAGAGAACUGGAUUGCUAUCAGGAUAAUCUAGAUAAAUCCCUGUACAAAUAGCAACACUUGUCAGCUUUUAUAGUACUGCCACACCCGGUUGACCACAAGGCAAGGGAGAUGUUAAUGAACUACUUCACCGUGCCUCCCAACAGCAGGCUAGAUACUAGACUUUACAGCUAUUUUCAAAAUUUCAGUCAUCUUUUCAUUUUUUUUGUGUUGAAACAAGAGUCAACUUAUAUGAUUGAUUUUUUUUAGUCAAAAUCAAAACACGCCCAGCCCUUGGCAGUCUUAUAGGGCCUGCUCAAAUAUUAAUUUUGGAUUUUGUGCAAUUUAGUUCUAAGUCUAAAUAAAUAUAUAAAGUAGUGUUCCAUUUUAAUUCCUUGCCAAAAAAAAUAAUUAUAAUUUGAAUAAGAUGUUAUUUAUUCACAUAUUGAAUCCUAAAAUUAAAAACAAUUCUAUCGUUCUUUAUAAAUAGUUGUAUCUUAUGUUUUUCACCAAGAAACCAAAUACAGACUUUUCUAUCUUAUUCAAUUUGUCCACAUUGACCGAUGAUUAUAUAGGAAUUUUUAAUAUUUCAUGACCCUUUGUUGUAAACAGUCAAUGUAACUUUAUUUCAUUCCUGUCAAAGUAUAGACCCCUAGGUUUAGUAACAAAGAGGGCAUUAAAUAUGAACAGUGUACCUUUUAUUAGCUGUAUUUUUUUACAUGAAAAAGUAACUGUUAUAUUUAGUUGGGACAUAUUUCUCCUUGCGUGUGUGAAGUUUUGUUUUAGAAAGUGAUAACGGUGUGUGAAUUCCCUUUAUUUAUUAAUUCAUGCAAGCAACGAGGGAAUCUCAAAGUCCGCUACUCUUUAUUAAACCACAGGUACAUUUAUUUGCUAAUAAAUCUAAUCUUAGCUGCU